CUUUGUUAAAGGCAUCCCUAAGGUGCAGGAAUGGCCCGAUUCUUCAUAUCCCGUCCGGCCGUCGUCUGGACUGCACGUCUGUCGCGUCCCGGUUGUGACGAGAACAAGUGUCGAUUGAUAUUCACGUGUAAAAAAAAAAACAAUGUUUCGCCAUUGGUUGUUUUUCGCAAGCGCGGUGUACUUGGCCUGCUACUGCAGCGGGAAUUAUUGUAGGGACAACAAUCUCUGUUGUCCUGGCCGGGACAGUGCUUGCGUCGUGCAAAAAGCUCACCAGAACGCGAUUAUUGAUGAUCCCCUCGACAAGCCGUGUUACUGUGACCAUGCUUGCAUGAAACUUGGCGACUGCUGUCCUGACUUCAGGGAAACUUGCGGAGUAUUGGAUUGCGUGGUAUCUGGUUGGGGAGAGUGGUCAGAAUGUGACAAUGAGUGUGGUUCGGGCAGCAUGAUGCGGAGUCGUCGUGUAGUGCAGGCACCGGCUCGCGGUGGAAAACACUGUCCGACAUUGGUACAAAGAAGGGCUUGUCAAUCCCACCACGGUUGCACUGAAGAGAGUGACAUACCAUUACGCGAGGAAUCGGCGAUGAUUCUACCCGGCUCACUGUCUAUAAGUCGUCAUUCCGAUGAAAGUGUUGACAUCAGGAAGAAUUUGCGUCUACGCAAUCCUGAUGACCCAGAAUCGAACUCUCAUAGGGAGUACUGCGUUCAAUAUGAGGUUACGAAAGUAUCCAAGGCCUGCCACACUGACUCCGAUUACAAAGCUCUACGAGAGGGUGCUACCGUAUGUGUCAUGUGCGAGACGGCAGCUCUAAGACGUGAUCUCAAAUGGCGUUGCGGCGGCCACGGCGUAUCUGGACACGCAACACGUUUUUACGCUCUCGUGGCUCCACACUGCCACGGAAAAUGGAUCCGCGCAUCAAACAAUGCGGAUAAGAACUCCGGCUGUUGUCUCAAACCGGACUUCAUCUUCGUCUAGAUCUCAUCUCAUUAGACUAUUUCUUUUUAUUUAAGUUAUUUGUUUCAUUAUUAAAAGGGCAUGAAAACAGAUGGGUACCACAUAAAGAGAGAUACAGUCCCAUUGAGGAACUUAGGUUUUUGAUAAUUUCAGGACGGUUCUAAGCAGGUUUUGAAUUUUUCAUAGAUAAUAAGCGAAUAUAACAUUCAAUAUAGCCAAUGGUAUUCCAUAGAAUAACUGGGUUACGUAAGUGACUAACUAUUCUAAUGGUUCAUAAAUAAAUAUAGGACAAAAUGAAAAAAAAAA